AUGAACCUGCAGGCCAACGAAAUCCGGUUCCCGCCUAUGGAACCCACUGGGCACACCGGACAGGGCUCGGCCACAGGUCUGGUACCCGACGCCAGUCAAACCGCGCAAAUACAGAUCGAGACAUCACACUCCCCACCCCGGAUAACCACCAACAAUACAACUACCCAACCAUCAACCACACCCACACACCAACAAACUAUGGGUAUGAUCCAAACGGGUCGUACCAUAAUAAAGGAGGUACGGCAAGCGGUGGAGAACUCGGCGCAUGGCUGCGGUCUGGAAUCACGACUGACCAUGCUCGAGAACUGUAUGGCCCGUUUUGGCGAAGACCAACGUCGCAUUGCAGAGACAAUGCGACGCCUAGAGAUGGGUAUGGCACGCCAAGCACCGGAACAACAACCGGAUGCAACCCCACCGAUCCGCCCACACCACACAGUGUUAUCGAACAACACGGAAUACGGAGCGAGGUACCCCGCGCCGAUCAUUCAGUACGUUUCGACGACACAACAAAUAUACACCAUGCCCCCUCCUCCACAUACACCUAAAGGCACAACAAUCGACGCUGAUACCAUACGACGACGUAUGUGCAGCGAGACAUUCGCUGCCGGAGUACCACGGGACAACACCUGA